CUGAGGCGCAGGCAGAGGCGGGUCCCGGCGAAGCAUGUUCCCUGUCGCCGGCGAGGAGGGCGGCAGCGGCAGCGGCAGCAGCCCUGCUCUUGCCGGGAGCUGAGGAUGCCUCAGGGAGGCGGCCCGCUGCCCCCGCCCAAGAGACCGAAGCUGGCCUCCGCCACGGCGCCCCUCGGCUCGGCCCCGCGCAGAGCGAUGUUGCUGGCGGCGCCCGGACCCAAGCGCCACACGGCACCCGCCUCCUCCGCCGGCUCCUCUUCGGGGCUCGACAGCCAGCGACGCAGCCUGCCCAUCUUCCAGGCGCGGGGGACUCUGCUCGGGCAGCUCCGGAGCUUGGACUGCGCCGUCCUCAUCGGUGAGGGAAGGGUUAAAAAUAAGAAACAAACCGCCGUUAUUCUUCCCCUCCCUCUAAAAGGAGGGGGAGGGGUUUGUGGAGGCCACGCCCUUCCCCGAGAGGGUGCGGGGAAAGAGGCUGACUCUGCGACAAGCCCCUCCUUUUCCAGUGUGCAGGGGCGGGGCCUGUGGAACUCCGCCUCCUUUCCACGCUUGAGAGGCGGGGCUGAAGCAAGCACCUCCCAUUGUGGUUAUUGCAGGGAUGGUGGGCUUGUGUGCCUCUCCCUCCCCCCCCCCAAGGUUGUUAGGGAAGGGUUGUAGCCCAGUGGUUAGAGCACCUGUCUUGCCUGCAGAAGGCACCAGGUUCGAACCCCCAAGUUCAGGAACAUCCGGAGGACAAUCUCUGUUUUACGGAACUGGGAGAGGAUUCCUCCCUGUUCUGCAGUGGGGCUGAGGCUUACACAAUUCUGCCUCUCUUUCUUGCCUUCCGUGGGCCAAUGUAGGGCCAACUUAAAGUGGCUGAGCGGUGUUCUCAUUCCACUGGUGAGAUGAAUGGAAGAAAGCACACACCUGUCAGGCAGGAGACAUCCCAUCGAACUUGUUGGGCUCACUCUUGAGUAGAUAGCUCUACUUGCGUUGACUGUGUGAAUUUGGGAAGCCACCUCGGGUUAAGAACUUUGCUUCAGGAUGAGAACAGAAAUCGUGCUCCGGCGGCGCGGCAGCAGCAGGAGGCCCCAUUAGCUAAAGUGGUGCUUCAGGUUAAGAACAGUUUCAGGUUAAGAACGGACCUCUGGAAUGAAUUAAGUACUUAACCCGAGGUACCACUGUAAUUGGGAACUGACCUUAAUGUAUCUAACAUGUGUCUCUGCUGGAGACCACAUGCAAUAACCUCCCAUUGCCAUUUGUUUAAUACUCUGCAGGGGAAACAGGCUCAGGCAAGACGACUCAGAUCCCGCAGUACCUCUAUGAAGGAGGGAUUGGGCGCCAAGGCAUCGUUGCUGUGACCCAGCCUCGCCGUGUGGCUGCUAUAUCCUUGGCCACCAGAGUCUCAGACGAGAAGAAAACAGAGCUGGGGAAACUGGUAUGAUCCUGGUAUUUUCCUGUGUGGAAGUGAAGGAAUCAUAGAAUUGGAAGGGACCAUGAGAGUCAUCUAGUCUUAACACCCUGCAUGCAAGAAUAUUUUGCCCAGUGUGGGGCUUGAACUCACAGCCCUCCGAGUAAGAGUCUCAUGCUCUACCGACUGAGCUAUCCAGCCUCAGAAGUUGAAAAAGUGACACGCUUCCCCACUUCCUCUCUCAGCUCUAUGUACUUUUCAAUUUAUUUAUUAUUAAUGAAUUAAUUGAAUUUAUAUAUUGCCUUUCUCCAAGUGCAGGACCCAAGGUGGCUGACAACAUAAAUUAAACAAUGCAAGUAAAAACACGCAAUAAAUAUAAAUUUUAAAAAUAGUUUAGUAACUUAAAACCAUUGAAAAGCACAAAAGACAUACAACGCCCACUAUUGAAAACAAUAGCUAGUUUAGUGGCCAACGGCCUGUUGGAGCAAAAAAAUUAUAUUACCUUGUAUGUUUAUGUAUUGUUACAUUGAUAUUCCACUUUUUCAUGAAGCAUAGCUGGUGAAAAAUAUGUGCCACCUUCUUAUUUCUGCACCCCCCACCCCAUGACUCCUAUGUUCAGGUUGGUUACACGGUACGCUUUGAGGACCUCACUUCUGAGGAGACAAAAAUCAAGUUCCUGACCGAUGGGAUGCUGCUGCGAGAAGCCAUUGGGGACCCCCUCAUGGCCAAGUACAGCGUCGUCAUUUUGGACGAAGCGCAUGAGAGGACAAUCCACACAGAUGUGCUAUUUGGAGUGGUGAAAGCAGCACAGAAGAGGCGGAAGGAACUGGGGAAGUCGCCACUGAAAGUAAGUGGUUAAAAGUGGUGGGCAGGAGGUUGCCAGUUGAGAUAUAUAUAUAUAUAUAUAUGUGCGUGUGUGUGUGUGCGCGCGUGCGCGCGCUGUUCAUAAGAAACAUCAGAGCAGUUUACAACAAUUGCACAUAAAACCAUACAAUAAAAAUUGUAUGAAAAGUUAAAAUCAGACAUUAACUAACUAUUGUUAAAAUGUCUACAGUGGUACCUCAGGUUACAUACGCUUCAGGUUAAAGACUCCGCUAACCUAGAAAUAGUGUUUCAGGUUAAGAACUUUGCUUCAGGAUGAGAACAGAAAUCUGGCUCUGGCUGCGCGGCAGCAGCAGGCGGCCCCAUUAGCUAAAGUGGUGCUUCAGGUUAAGAACAGUUUCAGGUUAAGUACGGACCUCCGGAACGAAUUAAGUACUUAACCUGAGGUACCACUGUAUUUUCAGUUGCCUGCAUAAGCCUGACAGAAUAGAAAAGUUUUCAGCAGGCGUUGAGACACUAAAGGCUGUGUUUCUUCUUCUUGUCAAAUUUGCCUCACCAACUCAGAGAAUGACCAGUAAUGCUUCUGCAAAUGAUGUCAGUGAUAGAGCUGAAAUAUAAGGGUUCAGGCGCUCCCUGAGGUACCCUGGACUUAAAUUGCUGGAGGGCCUCAUAUUGAGCUCUUAUACUACUCAUCAAGCACAAGUCUCAGUAACAAGGGUGGGUUGUUGUUGUUUGUUCUUUUCUUACAGAUAAUCAUAAUGUCAGCUACUAUGGAUGUUGACCUAUUUUCCCAGUACUUCAAUGGCGCUCCCGUCCUUUACCUAGAAGGCAGGCAACAUCCCAUCCAGAUCUUCUACGCUAAGCAAUCUCAAAGCGAUUACCUCCAAGCAGCUCUAGUGACAGUUUUCCAAAUCCACCAGGUACCACAUUAGUUUCAAUAUUUUUGAAUAUCUAUGGUACAGAAUUAACCACAUUUUUUAUCCUGACCUUUCUCAGGAACAAUUGCGCAAACUUUGGUUCUAAUAUCUUAAGAGGUAUUCAAAUGAGUGCAGUUUUGAAAGGUUUUGUAUGACAUCUUUAUUCAAAAUGACAUUCAAAUGUAUGCAAAAUUUGGCUUUGAUAUAUUAAGAGGUGUCGAGAGUCAUAGCGAUCAGACAAGUUUACAAAUCAGAGAGCAGAUAAAGUAUUAAUGUAGAUCUUCAUUUUUCUGUAUGUGCAUCCAAUUUAAAUAGAAUGCUGCCUGCUAGUCUGAUUAGCCUCUUCUGACUGCUAAGUGGAUUUCCAAGGGCUUAGGCAGAGCAAACUUAACCCGUUCUGCCACCUGCAACCUGAUCAUUUUAAAGGGCAAUACCAGGGAUUCAACUUGGGACCUUUUUUUGCCUGCACUGCAGGGGGUUGGACUAGAUGACCACUGGGACCCUUCCAACUCAACAAUUCUAUGAAAGCAUGUGCCCUACCAUUAAGCUAUGACCACUUUCCAAUCAUAUGCGUCUCAUUUCUUUAAAGGAAGCUCCUCCUCCUCAGGAUAUCCUGGUGUUUCUGACGGGUCAGGAAGAGAUCGAAGCAAUGACCAAAACCUGUCGGGACAUUGCAAAGCAUCUUCCCGACGGUUGCCCUCAGAUGGUGGUGAUGCCUCUCUAUGCUUCUCUGCCUUAUUCGCAACAGCUCCGGGUCUUCCAGACUGCACCCAAAGUAAGUACAGUGGUACCUCGGGUUACAUACGCUUCAGGUUACAGACUCCGCUAACCCAGAAAUAGUACCUCGCGUUAAGAACUUUGCUUCAGCAUAAGAACAGAAAUCGCGUGGCAGCAGCAGGAGGCCCCAUUAGCUAAAGUGGUGCUUCAGGUUAAGAACAGUUUCAGGUUAAGAAUGGACCUCCGGAACGAAUUAAGUACGCAACCAGAAGUACCACUGUAAUUGAUGGCAGAAGUGGUUUGAUUACUCGGACGCUUUCUUUUUUAAAAAAACUACUAAACUGCUCAAGAUGGACUGUUUCCCUGUAGCAUCCAAAAUAGACAAAAGUUUGUAAAAACCCAAGAAGAGCCCUGCUGGAUCAGGCCAAAGGGGGCCCAUCUAGUCCAGCAUCCUGUUCCCACAGUGGCCAGCCAGAUGUCUCUGCGAAGCAAGCAGAACCUGAGGGCAGCAGCACUUUCCCCACUGGUGAUUUCCUACAACUGGCAUUCACUGGCUCUGACGGUGGAGGCCAAACAUCGUUAUCAUGGCCAGUGGCCACUGAUAAGCUUAUCUUCCAUGAGUUAAGUCUAAUCCUCUUUUACAGCCACUCAGGUUGGUGGCGAUCACUAGGUCUCCCCAGGGAGGUUUGUCUGGCAUCUUCAUUAUACAUUUUUAGAUCCUGUUGAUUCCUCCCUGGUAGGUCCACUGUCUCUCUUGGCCCUGAUGCCAUUCUGGGUCCCUCCCCAGGUUGUCCGUGGGCAACUCCUCCCAUCCCUCAUCCUGCUCUAACCAGCCUCUCCAAGACAUCUCCUUGGGGCUCAUGACCCCUUUCCCAGAAGGCUGUUCCUGAGCUGGUGGCUUCCACAGCUGAAAAGCCCCCCUCCAGGAUAUCCACUUGGCGUACAUCCAGUAACAAACAGGGCAACUUGAAGAGGGCCUCUGAUGGAAUUACUCCUGCUUUGUUGUUUUUGAUAGGUUAUUUCUUGCCUGUCUUUAACGCUUGCAUCUUUUCAUUGUGAGGAGAUGGCUUGCACCUUUUAAAAAUAUACUUUUACAGCAAAGUACAAACUUACAGCAAAGUACAAACGUGGGACGUGGGUGGCGCUGUGGGUUAAACCACAGAGCCUAGGGCUUGGCGAUCAGAAGGUCAGCGGUUCGAAUCCCCACGACGGGGUGAGCUCGAAGUGGAAGUAGAUAAAUAGGUACCGCUCCGGCAGGAAGGUAAACGGCGUUUCUGUGUGCUGCUCUGGUUCGCCAGAAGCGGCUUAGUCAUGCUGGCCACAUGACCCAGAAGCUGUAUGCCAGCUCCCUCGGCCAGUAAAGCAAGAUGAGCAACCCCAGAGUCGGCCACGACUGGACCUAAUGGUCAGGGGUCCCUUUACCUUUACCUUACAAACUUAGAAUGAACACUGAUAAGGCUUUCUUCUUCUUCUUCUCUCCCAGGGUUAUCGCAAAGUAGUUCUUUCUACCAACAUUGCUGAGACCUCCAUCACCAUUGCAGGCAUUAAAUAUGUUGUGGACACAGGCAUGGUUAAAGCAAAGAAGUAUAGUCCCGGUAUGUGUGUGUUGGACAGAGUCAUGCCAGCAGAUAGAGUUGAGAGACUAGCUGAGGUAGAGGGUCCUGGGAACACAGGAAGCUGGCUAGUUGUGAGUCAGACCAUUGGUCAGUCUAGCUAAGAAGCGUCUAAACCAGGUGUGGGGAGCCUUUGGCCCUCCAGAGGUUGCUGAACUACAACUCCCAUCAUCCCGGGCCAGUCACCAAUAUCAGCUGACAACACAACAUCAGCUGACAUCACCCUGUUGACAGGUGAGUGUGGUUUUGAAAAAAUGGCUUUGCAGGCCAUAUUUGACCCUCCUGUCGGGCUAAAAUCAGGCUAUAGCCAGAGGUUCCCCACUCCUAUUCUAGCCCAAUGGAAGCUGGGCUAGUUUUCUUCUGGCACAGCACCCCCUGCCUGCAGCAUGAAGUGAUAUAAACACUCACAGUUCCACUGUUUUAUUCUCACCUCAUUCUGCUGCACCAGGCCAGAUGUUAAACAAACCAAGCAACAAAACUGAAAAACCAUUGAUCGCUCCUAAGUAGACAUAAGUCAAGUUAAAUCCUUGAGAGCCGUAUCUGUUCUGUAAUGGCUGUUGAUCUCUCCUGUAAGGGAGUUCCUGUUUCGUAGAAUUCUAGAGCUGGAAACCUCCAGCAUCCCAGAUUGGUGGUGAGGCAGCCUCUGCUUAGACACUCCUGAAGUCCACCACCUUCUAAGGCAUACUUUGCCAUAGUCAAAGGUUCUGGCUGAUUCUUAUUUAUUUAUUAUAAAUAAGAAUGCCUUCGGCACCAUUCAAUCCAGCUACCCAGAUUUCCGCGGAUGAAUGGAUUGCUUAUUAUUCAACUAGUUUCGCUUCUCCAAACCAUCUUACAGAUCUCCUUCAAUCCCCAUUGGACCUCAGUUCCUGCUCUCUUAGUCCCACUUCUUCAAUAAACUUUACUUCAACUCGCAUUUUCAACAUCAUAAUGUCAAUGCAAAGGAAUAAGGCCCCGGCCCAGACAUGGUCCCGUUGGACCUUUUCCUGACUGAUCCUCUUUGGUGGAGCGAACACCUGACUCCUGUAUUCACCGCUAUCUCCUCCGCCCUAGACAUCCCCGACUCCUGGAGAGAAGCUAUAAUAGUUCCGAUCUUCAAAGGCGGCCAGCCAAACAUCCCUAGGAACUAUCGCCCCAUCAGCCUAUUAUCCAUCCCGGGGAAAAUAUUUGCCGCUGUUUUACUGGAGGAACUUCUCUCAUGGGCCCAGGAGAGGAACAUUCUACCGCUAGAACAGAUUGGUUUCCGAAAGUCAGCGUCAACCAUGGACCAUUGUCUAACUCUCUUUCACCUUGCCAGUAAAUACACUGCUCCAAGGCAAGGCCACCUAUUUGCCGCUUUCAUGGACCUGGAGGCCGCCUUUGAUUCCAUUCCUAGGCAGAGAUUAUGGUCCAAACUUGCCCAUCUGGGAAUUGAUCCGCACCUUCUCUCCCUAAUUAUCUCCCUUUAUUCAAACACCACAGCUCGCGUCCGAACUAGUCCAAACGGCCCCCCACUACUCCAUUUCCAACGGCCAAGGGCGUCCGACAAGGUUGCCUCUUGGCCCCUUUACUGUUUAAUCUCUAUCUUCAUGAUGCAAUUUCCACUUUGAAGCUAGCAUCUAAGUAUCCUCCUCACUUAGCAGGCCACCCCGUUGCUUCCCUUUUCUAUGCUGAUGAUGCCGUCAUCUUAUCCAGAACAGCUGCGGAUCUAGCAAAUGCAGUUAAUGCAUUUAUCGCCUAUUGUAAGGCGGAAGCUCUUAAUAUUAAUUAUAAAAAUCGAAAGUCCUCCACUUCACUCGUUCCCGCAAACUCAAGUUGGAGCCGCUUAAGAUCACAGGUGGCUACUUAGAAAAGGUAAAAGCCUUUAAAUAUCUAGGAUUAAUAUUCACCUAUAAUCUCUCCUGGACCACCCAUCUACAAUCUGCCUUUCUCGCUGCAACCACGACCUCUAACGCCAUUGUCCGAUUUUACCACCAGAAGGGCGGCAAACACCUUCCAGCAGCAAUUCAAAUAUUUAAUGCCAAAGUCGUCCCUAAAUUAUUAUAUGGAUGUGAAGUAUGGACUACAGCAAUAUCAGGUAACCUGGAUCGUCCACUUCAUAUGUUUCUGAGAUCUCUUUCCGGCGUCCCGAGAUGUGUCUCAGGUGCAGCCCUACGACUCGAGUUCGCCCAGCCUUCAAUUGCUAGACGAGCAUGGAGCCGAGCCAUUUCCUACACCCUCCACCUAUUAGCAUCGGAUGCUCGAAUUAGAGGUGGCUUUUCCAAUCUGAUCCUAAGAGAUAUUCAUAAUUCCCCUUGGAAAACUACAAUUAACCUCAAAUUCCGCUCUCUUCUCAAUUUGAAUUGUAAAACUGUUCUUAACUUAGAGUGUAUCAGCCCGGUGGCCCUACCCCUAAUUAAAAGAAACUACAGCAACUUGACUUCUCCAACACAGCUUCUUGUGCAAGAGGACCGUGUUCAGGCCUAGCCCUAGCUAUUCCACCCCCUGAAGGGAUCCCUCUAUACUGCUUCACAAUUUCUUCGGAGACUAAGCGAAGGGCUUUUACCUGUGCCCGUCUCAACUGUUUUCCUACAGCAGUUCUGUCGGGUCGUUAUUCCAGAGUUCCCAUCGCAAACAGAACAUGCUCCUGUAAUGACACGGCCCUGGAGACUAUGGAACAUGUAAUGCUCUUCUGUCCCAACUGGACAGAUGAAAGAUCUCGGUUUUUAACUCCCCUCGUGAAUAAGUUCCAUCUCCCAAUCCAGCCUUGGAUAGUGUCCCUCUUUUUGCAGGAUUCUGAUUGUUGGAUUACUGAGAUGACAGCUAACUUCCUGCUUAGUGUGAUGAAGAGGAAAGCGGCACUAACUUCUUCCUUAACACCACAGAUGCAGUCGAUACGCCGCACAACCGAACGAAGUUCCAAGUAGCCUUAUUGUACAAGGACAAUCGAGUUAGGACUAAUCUGAGGAGCUGAAGGACCCUUUAACGGUCCUCCUCCAGCCUCAGCAGCUUUUGGUUUUUUUGGUUUUUUGUUUUUUGUUUUUUUUUUUCACUUUCUUUAAGUAUUCGCCCAGGACGAUGUCUACCUCUACCUCCCCACCCCCAUUUUAUGUUGUUAUUUCAAUGUAUAUCAUGCUAUGGCCACUCGGCUAAUGCAAUAAAUAAAUAAAUCAGAAGAUAUACACACCACUUCACUUUUAAAAAACCCCUCAAAGUGGUUUACGUGGAGAAUAAAACAAUAAAAGUAUUGGUAAAAACAGUUUAAAACAACUCCUUAAAGCAUUUUUUUAAAAACCAAAAUCAGCAAUAAACUAAAACCAGAUUAAAACACACAAUAACAUUAGACUUGUCCAAACAAAAAUAUUUUUACUGGGCUCAGCAAAGAGAACAGUGAAACUGAUGUCAAUAGGCUGGGAGUUCCAAAGUGUAGGUGCUGCCCCGCUAAAAGAUUGAUUUCUUUGCAUAACAGAUAUUUUGUGGUGCUUGGAAUAGUGCCAGUUCUGUUUAGUCAAAACCACCUUGUGAUUUUAGCCUAUUGGUUUGGUUCCUUUCCUCUGGAGCCACAGAAAGCCAAAUUUGCUCCAUGAGAAAUGAUCUGGUUAAUGGUGGGUGUUUUCUGCUCCUCCCAGAAAGUGGUUUGGAAGUGCUGGCGGUCCAGCGGGUGUCAAAGGCCCAGGCUUGGCAGCGGGCAGGCCGGGCCGGGCGAGAAGACAGCGGGCUUUGCUACCGCCUCUACACCGAAGAUGAGUUUGAGAAGUUUGACAAAAUGACGAUACCAGAGAUCCAAAGGUGAGGUUGCUCUUCCGGUGGAGAAGUGUUCACUGCUCUGUGAAGUACAUUUCACAUUGAGUGGAGAAGUGCUCCCUCUUCUGGUCCAUCCUGAAUCUCCUUCAAAACAGUUGCAUUGGAUCACCCCAAGUUCAUAAGAGAGGAAGGUGGGUGGGGAACUUUGAGCCCACAGGCCAAUCCUGGACUCCAAGGGGCUCCCACUCGGCCCAUGAGAUUGUUUCCCCGAAGGCACACCCACCUGCCAAUCAGCCGCCAUCACUGGGUGAUGUCAGCUGCUCCAGGGGCGGGCAAGAUUCAGUCCCGUUGGGUAUCACAGAAUCACAGCAGAGGAGAUGUGGGAGUGUUCAAUUAUAUAUAUAUAUGGGAAGCCCCCCAAAAAGAAUUUGCAUCACAGCGAAGGACUCAGGGAAGCUGGCAGUAAAAGGAAAUAUGUAACUCAUUUAAAAAUAUAUAUUCAUUUAUUCAAAUAUUUAUUUGCUGCUGUAUAAUAAAAGUGUAUCACCAUGGUUCAUUACAGCAUAAAAACAUAAAAUCAGACUGUAAAAUGAUAUUUAAAAACAAGGUGUUUGAGGCUUAGAAGAAGCCGCUAAGUGCAAUUUGGGUAGGGUGGGCUCACUUGCUUCAGCAAAAGUUCAGGCUGUUUGUGAGAUGGCUCUCCUUCCACAGGUGUAACCUAGCUGGUGUGAUGCUCCACCUCCUGGCUCUGAGAAUCCCGAACGUCCUCACCUUUGACUUCAUGUCAAAACCAUCUCCAGGUAACUCAAGCUGUUCAAUGUUAUUCUUUUUUUUUUUUUUAAUGAUAUUUAUUGAAAAUUUUAAAAUUACAAAAGAGAACAAAAAAGGAAAAAACAAAGAAAAAACAAAGAAAAGACAAACCACAGUCAAACAAUAAAGAUUAAUAAAAAUAAAAAUCAAAAAAUAACAUGACACAAUUAAAAAACAAAAAUAUACCACAAACAUUUAAAAACAAAUCCAAUAUUCUCAUAUCUUUAACUGUCAUUACCUUCUUUCUUUGACCUUCUCCUCCUCCCUUUUUUUGUAUCCUGAUUAUUAAUUGUCACAGCAAAUCCUUUCCAUAUUUCAUAAUAUUCUGUCAUUACUUUACCUUAAUCUAUUUUAAUCUUAUCUUACUAUGAAAACCUUAAAACUUAAAUCUUAUUUUUACCAAUUUCUCAUAACCAUAAUAUUCUUACAUAAUUCUUUAAACAUUUUUGCUAAAGCCAAAUAAUUUCAUUCCAACAUUUUUCUAACAUUCAUCAAUUUUAUAAAACAAUCAUAACAGAAGAAAUAACAAUCCAAUCUUCAUCCAGCGUCUCCAUGUGGUAUUUAAGAACAUGUUUCAAAGACCCUCCAAAAUUGAGAGCCCCCACAACCCCAAACAUCUCACGGCCCAUUGCCAGACUCGAAAAGUCCAAACCUCCCUGCAUAGGGGGGUCUAUCCAACCCCCCAUUUCCAAACCAAACCAAACUUUAUCUUUCCAAAUCUGGCUUUUUUCGAAGUUCAUUUGUCAAAUCCAAGAAUUCAUGUUCCUGCUGGGCCGCAGCUCCCUCCAUCCCUGGUGCCCAAGAUUCAGCAACAUCCUCUUCCCUCAUCUGUUCUGUCAGGGCACACUCCUGAUCUAAUUCCUGGGUGGGCUCUAUAUAAUAUCCCACUGCCUGUCCAAAAUUUCUAAUCGCAUCAGUCAUAAAAUCCGUCUUCUCAUGUAGCUGUUCCAGUAGGGCACUUGUUUUACAGAAAGCACUCAACAGAGCUUCUGAAUACAUUGUCCUGCAAGGUCAGAAGUCUUAUUCCCACGAUCGUAAUCUGUAACAGCUGCGAGCUUCCCGAUUCAAAAUUGGUUACAGUUUCACAGGCUCCCUCUAGGGGAAAAACUUCUGCUUGUUCUUUUCUUUUAAAAACAUAUCUAACAACAAAGUUUCCUUUUUCAGAUAUUUUGUCAAUAUUUGUUCCUUUAAAAUGCGAAGGGGAACAAUGGAAUCACUAUGUAUCUUUCCUUUAGCUAUCUGUCAAAAACGUUUGUCUCUGGUCAAUGAGCUUCAAAGAACGUCAGUCCUGACACCCCGCUCCAGGAUCAAGAUGGUGGAAAGUUACUUUACUUUACACUCACUUCUGCAGGUUUAAACAGUCCAGAAAAAAUCCCCCCUCUUCUCCUGCUUCCGAAGGGGGUUCCACAAUUUUAAAUGAUGAAAGUUAAUCCUUUAGAAGCGAUUUUCAGAACUUUAGUUUGCUGUGUCUUUGCUUUAAUCUAUCUACAAAGAAACGGAAGGCUGACUUCCUGUUUAGACCUUCCCGUUUCAGUGCCAAAUUAAAUUAAACUUUUAAGUCCAGUUUUCCUUUCUGCUCGCAAAUCCUUAUUUAGAGUCCAAUUGUCCGAAACUUAAGUACUCACGGGUGGUUGUUUUAAAAGCCAAAUUGUCUCAGGAAAAAGGCAGCGCUCUCCGGCAACGGCUGUGCGGCUUCGCUCCACGGAAGAAGCAGUUGACUCUCAGCACCGCGCCACUUCCCCCUCUUCGCUCCGGAGCCCGUUAGUGGGUUCCUUUGCGGGUUGGGGGGGCACUAAAGGUGCCCGCCGAGUCCCAUGGUCACAGGCUUCAUCCGCCUGUGAUUUUUGAAUGGGUCCCCGCUUCGCCGUAGCGGAAAAGACCCGAUUCCCGUGGAGCUGGUCCCUCCAGUUCAGAGGGAAUCCGCCAUUGCCGAUGGCGCCACCCCGGAAGUCCUGUUCAAUGUUAUUCUAUCUAUACCAGGGGUUGGCAAGGUUUACCAGCCAUGGGCUGGAUCACUCCCAUGGAGAUUGUCUGUGGGCCAUAGUGGUGCAGUGCAAUGCUAGAAAUCACGUCUGUGCAUGUCUGCGGCGUUGAAAAUUGCAUUGGCACAUGCCCAGACGCUGAAAAUAGCGCCUGCACAGAAGCGUUUUCGGCGUGUGGACAUGCGCAGACACGAUUUCCAGUAUCUGCGCGUGCACAGACGCGAUUUCUGGCGCCGCUCGGCGAGUCCCCGCACCGUGCUGUGCCGGUUUAGCGCAGCAGACAGGGGACUCACUGAGUGGGUGGCUCGGGGGCUGGUAAAACGGUCUUCAUGGACCACAUCCCGCCCAUGGGCCGCACGUUGCCGAUCCCUGAUCUAUAGUCAGCAAAGCAGUUACACAAAGUCUAGAGCUAACCUGAGGAACGUGCCUGCUUCUAGUGGCUAAUCGUAUGUAGUGAUUAUCUAUAUACUGCUGUCGGAUUGCUGUGCACGUUGAGCUGGGUUCCCUUGCACAGGUGGGGACAGGGCUCUUGUGCCUGGGUCCUGCUUGUGCGUUUCCCACAGGCAUCUGGUUGGCCUCUGUGAGAACAAGAUGCUAGACUGGAUGGCCCAUUGGCCUGGUCCAGCAGGCUCCUCUUAUGUUCUUAUGCAACUUCUGAUACCUGUGGCUUGUGACCAGCUGUGUGAACCUCACCCCCAUCUCCUUUGUCUUGACAGAAGCGCUCCAGGCGGCUGUGGAGCAACUGGCCCUCCUUGGCGCAGUGGAAAGGAAAGACGACCAGCUGAUUCUCACCCCACUGGGAAGGAAGAUGGCUGCAUUUCCUCUGGAGCCCAAGUUCUCCAAAGUAAGGAAGCCACCUGUAUUUUGUUUCCUGCGAGACAAAUUAGAUCCUUCUGCUUGCUUCUGUUUUCUUGCUCUUCAACUUCACUAGCAAAACAGAAGAAAAGGACAGCCACAUCUUCCUCUGUUUUGCUUUUCUGCCUUCUUUACAGUUGAGAAAGUGUUAACUGACUUUGGUUCUGCUCCCCUAGUGAGUCCAGUACUAUGUGGAAAGGAAGGAGUUGGCGUUUGAGCCCAGCUAUCCAGCCUGGGAGGUAGGGUAGGUGCCACUCCUGAGCUGACGCUCUGUGCCAUUGCCAGAUGUACAUGUAGCAAAUCUGUAGCUGUGUUAGGAUUUCAUCUCCUGGAAACCCCUUCUGAACUCCACAAGCCACAAUACUGCCUAGCAUUGCUCAGUCUUAGCUGUCACAGAGGUGGUGACCCUGCUGUGUCUGGGCUCUUCCAUCUUAGGCUGCCAUGAUGGAAGAAUUCCCAGCACAUAGGAAAAUGGCUUAUCAGGAAGAAGUCCACUCAUCUAUGUGCAGAAACAUAUUCUUUAAAUAGAAAGGAGCAUCGUGUCAUGCUAGUCUGCACCUGCAAUCUGAAAUGGUCCAGGCCAGUCCCAAGUUUAUCACUUCCACGGUGUGGCUCUUUCCAUACCUGCCCUAUAACCUUCCAGUUUGGCAUCCUGUACAAUUCCUCCUUGCCAGGCGAUUGGCUCGCUUGCUGAAUCUCAUCGUUUUUAAAAGCAACCUCUUUCUACCUGUGUUUGGCAGACCAUCCUGAUGGCCCCCAAGUUCCACUGCACAGAGGAGAUCCUCACCAUUGUCUCCCUGCUCUCCGUGGACAGUGUUCUCUACAACCCCCCUUCGCGGCGGGAUGAAGUACAAGCCGUCCGGAAGAAAUUCAUCUCGAGUGAAGGGGAUCACAUCACGCUGCUGAACAUCUACCGAGCUUUCAAAAACAUCAGUGGCAAUCGGGUAAGUGGCAAUCGGGCAGGUUUGAUUGGGCAGGUUUUGGGUGCUCCUCCUUAAAACCCCAUCUUCUGUAACACUUAAUCUGCCCUACCUGUGUUCUGACAAGGAUGCUUUGAUACUUAAUUCCUACAUGUUCAGAACAGUCAUUUUAAACAGAAAUUUUGAGAAAAAAAAUCAAUUAAGAGACACUGAUGCUUCCCUUAUACAUGUAAUGGCAGACAUUAAGUAAUGACAGGUCCCAAAAAGCAAUUAGUUGAUGUUGUUGAACUUGUAAAAGUGCCCAAAGUUUUAUAAGCUCUGUACAGAUAUUAGAGGAUAAGAUUGUGAGCCUGCAGGCAGGGACAGCACAAAAGGAAAAAGAAAUGGGGAGGGAAGAGGAGAGCAAGCGAGUUCAGAAAGUCAGAGCAAAGUACUCUUUUCUCUCAAGAAUCCUGCAACUAUGUAUACUUUUAAAAUCAAGAUUACCUCUGAGCAUGCACUUCAUUCAGUACCAGGUAGCCAACGUUUAGCCUUUGGUAUCUGUGGCUAGGCGUCAAGUGCAGGCAAACAUUAAUUUCCUUUUUUUCUUUUUUUAAAUAUUUAGUGACUUAUCUCUGGCUUGUUACUGGAUUUCGUUGUUGGGGGAGCACCACUCCAUGUUCUUAAUGCUACUACUAGUGUACACAUCUAUGUCUGUCUGUCAAUAGGUAGAUACAAUGUGUGUUCAUUCGUGUAUGAAAAUUGCAAGGUGAGGUAUAUGGAGCUAACACCUGAUCCGAGCAGUUACCUUCUAAUUUCUCCUCUCGCACUUUCUCCUUUUCCUCAGGAAUGGUGCAAAGAAAACUUUGUGAACAGCAGGAAUAUGAUGCUGGUCUCAGACGUCAGAGCUCAGCUCAGGGACAUUUGUAUCAAGGUAACUAUAGGGAGGCUUCAAAAUGGUUCAGCAUGUACCCUUUUUAAUGAGACCCAAGUUGUUACUUUAGAUGCCAGCCGGGGUGGGACAAAAAGGGGAGGGAAGCAAUAAAAGUGCAACGAGAACAAAAGAAGAAGCAACUCCUCCAGUUAGUAUUGAAACAUAAAUCUGAAUCAUACAAGAAUAAUAGUCCUUGACAGGCUUUGCCAGCCAGUGUUUUCGACUAGAACUCCUAUCAGCCAUGGCAGCAUGGCACAACUCAAAAACCCAACCAAAAUAGUGGUACCUCGGGUUAAGUACUUAAUUCGUUGUGGAGGUCCGUUCUUAACCUGAAACUGUUCUUAACCUGAAGCACCACUUUAGCUAAUGGGGCUGCCGCACUGCCGGAGCACAAUUUCUGUUCUCAUCCUGAAGCAAAGUUCUUAACCUGAAGCACUAUUUCUGGGUUAGCGGAGUCUGUAACCUGAAGCAUAUGUAACCUGAGGUACCACUGUAAAAGUGAUCUGGCAGCCUUGCUUCAGGCAGUGGUGGAACCCAGAAAGGGAUCUCACACAGGAGGAAACACAGGGGAAGGUUCUGUGAGCUUAGGUUUGCUAUGCAGGUUUGCAGUUCAAACUUGGGCUGGUAAAAGUAAUUAUAGGAUGCUGUUCAAUUUGCCAGGCAGCAAUUGAAUCUGUGAAGAUUGUGGUGCGUCCCCCUGUUCAUUACAGAGUGCCUGGAAGGGAUGUUUUUUAAACUCUGUGCUGAACAAUGGUGUCCUCAAAAGUCCUCAUCCUGUUGUUGUUUUUGUGUUUUGCGCUUCACCGCCCAGCUUUCGAUACCGCUGGAAUCCUCCCGAUCCGACACAGGGAACAUCCGCCGCUGCCUGGCGCACAGCCUCUUCAUGAACACGGCCGAGCUGCAGGCGGACGGCACCUACGCCACGACCGACACGCACCAGCUGGUGGCCAUCCACCCCUCCUCCGUCCUCUUCCACUGCAAGCCAGCCUGCGUCACCUACAACGAGCUGCUCCACACCAACAAGUGCUACAUGAGGGACCUGUGCGUGGUCGAUGCUGACUGGCUUUACGACGCGGCGCCCGAAUACUUCCGCCGGAAGCUCAGAGCAGCCAAGAACUGACCCGGGGACAAGGGAAGGAAAACCUACCCACCGAACCUUCAUUGGCCUGAGCAGCAUUCGCUCUCGGCCAACUCCGGGGCUGCAUGCCAGUGGCAGAUGCCACCAGGCCGCAUUUUCGCAUGCACACCUGUAUCGGAUGCAUGCACGCACAGGCACGCAGCCCUCCCUCCUUGGCUGAACAUUGCAGAUCACUUUGGGAGGAGGGGUUCCUGUGUCCUCCCUGCUCAUCAGACUUAUCAACCCGACAAUUGGGUAGAGAGAUAUAAGCCUCUCUGCCCACCCUCAGCAUUGCGUCUACAUUAUUUUUACUUCUCUUCUUGCUGUAUUGCCAAAACUAGUGGGAUCUUAAGCGGGAUGGGAAGAAAAUGGACUGAGAGCUGUGGGUUAGCCACCCUGGCCAAAGAAUUUGGGGAAGUGGGAUUUUGGGGGCGAACUGAAUGCACAGGGAUUCGAGACUUUCCCCACUGAUGAGAGAAUUGCUUCCCAAGCGGCUGGACCUCGCGCAUCUGCAUCCACUUGUGAGCAAGUGCUUCCUGUAAAGUCUCUUUCAAAAGGAGCCUUGCGCAGGUACAUUGUGCCAACUGCAUCUGCAUCUGUGCAGCAGCAAAAACUGGGUGACUGAAGUUUCAUUCCAAACGAUCCUUCUGCUAUUGUGCCAUAAUGUAUGUCUUAGGGGAUCCUCUUAUCUGAGGGAGGACAGAAGAGCUUGGAGCUCAGUAAAUUGGAAAAGAGGUGUGUACCCAAAGAAAGCAGUUCUAUUUAUUUGAAAAUGGCCUUGAAACAGACUUUGUCAACCCUGUGGUUUCGCGUUUUUGUGUCACAGCAACAUGAAUCGUUUUGCAAGGGG